GGUAAGCGGAUUCCGUAGCCGUGGCAGCGGCCGGUGAGGGUAGGAACGCGUCUGCCGCAGUUUACCUGAGAAGCCGUCUGUCUGCGCCGGCGUGGGCCGCGGCGUGCCGCCGUUACGGGGUCGGCAGCUAUGGCCAAGGACAUCCUGGGGGAAGCAGGGCUGCACUUCGAUGAGCUGAACAAGCUGCGGGUGUUGGACCCAGAUGUUACCCAGCAGACCAUAGAGCUCAAAGAAGAGUGCAAGGACUUUGUGGAUAAAAUUGGACAGUUUCAGAAGAUAGUUGGUGGUCUAAUAGAGCUUGUUGACCAACUUGCAAAAGAAGCAGAAAAUGAAAAGAUGAAGGCCAUUGGUGCUCGGAACUUGCUCAAAUCCAUAGCAAAGCAGAGAGAAGCCCAACAACAGCAACUUCAAGCAUUAAUAGCAGAAAAGAAAAUGCAGUUGGAAAGGUAUCGGGUUGAAUAUGAAGCUUUGUGUAAAGUAGAAGCAGAACAAAAUGAAUUUAUUGACCAGUUUAUUUUUCAGAAAUGACUGAAAUUUUCAUUUUUAUAGCAGGAAGGCAAAAAUACUCCCCAACCAAAAAAACCUCUGUACCAUUCCAGUGACUUGACUAAUGACCUGACCUAAGCACGUCCUGACGGUGUGUAAGGAUUACAAUUCUCCGAAGGCAGUAACGCCACGUUGGGGAGCUGGCACUAAACAGUGCCCGGCACUGCAGGUGGCAGGGCAGGACAGGGCCUCACCUUUCGCAUUCUUAGUAUGAACUAAGCAGUCUGUAACUUGGAUCCUCUUUUUGUAAACUCACAAAGCUUUGGAAGGAAAAGCAAUAAAUUGUUUUCAAACAGCUUGAUCAG